ACGACACCAGAAGGCCCCGGCGUAGUGUGUAACGUAACAUUCCAUUGAGAAGAAGAGGGAAAGAUGGCGUCCUCUAACAAUCCUCGCAAAUUUAGCGAAAAAAUCGCUUUGCAUAAUCAGAAACAGGCGGAGGAGACUGCUGCGUUUGAAGAAGUGAUGAAAGACCUGAACAUCACCCGAGCUGCACGGUUGCAGUUACAGAAGACCCAGUAUUUGCAACUAGGGCAGAAUCGUGGACAGUACUAUGGAGGCUCACUGCCCAAUGUCAAUCAGAUUGGAAAUGGCAACAUUGACCUGCCUUUUCAGAACUCCGUGCUGGAUACCAGUCGGACAACUAGGCACCACGGGCUGGUGGAGCGUGUUUACCGCGACAGGAACCGCAUCACGUCGCCUCACCGUCGACCGCUGUCAGUCGACAAACAUGGACGUCAGAUUGACAGCUGUCCUUACAGCUCAGUUUACCUCUCCCCACCGCCAGACACUAGCUGGAGAAGGACAAAUUCGGACUCUGCUUUACACCAGAGUGCUAUGAAUCCAAAGCCCCAGGAGGUGUUUGCAGGGGGAUCGCAGGAGCUGCAGCCUAAACGAGUACUGCUGCUAACAGUGCCUGGGACGGAGAAUUCAGAGUCAAAUGCAGACAAGGAUGCGCAGGAACAGUUGUGGGAUGACAAGAAGGAUGAUUCAUCAAAGCCCAACACAUGUGAUGUCCCGGGAAUCAACAUAUUCCCAUCACCAGACCAGGAGUUGAAUCCCUCUGUGCUCCCAGCUGCACACAACACCGGUGGUUCGCUUCCUGAUCUGACAAACAUCCAGUUCCCUCCUCCAUUGUCCACCCCGCUGGACCCUGAGGACACCGUGGCCUUCCCUUCCCUCAGCUCGUCCAACAGCACGGGCAGCCUGACCACCAACCUCACCCACCUGGGCAUCAGCGCUGCCAGCCACGGGAUCCCCACCUCCUCUCAGCCCACCAUGACUGUAACGGCACAGCGCCGGCAACCACCUGUGGUGCCACUUACCCUUACCUCUGACCUCCAUCUCCAACAGUCCCCACAGCAGCUUUCACCCACCCUCUCCUCACCUGUUAACAUCUCACAGGCCGUGCCAACAGAGUCCCUGUCCCUGGAGCAGCAGCUCGCCCAGUACCCCCUGUUCAACCAGCUGACGGCUCAGGCCCAGGCUCAGCUGCUCAGUGACCUGCAGAAGCAGCAGCAGGCCCUGUCGCAGGGCAUCCAGCUCAUCACCUUGCCUACUCUGGCCUCUCCUGGUACAGCCACUGCCAGCAGCCCCUCCCCAGACAGCCAGAGUCAGACCACCGCCAGCAUCAGCAUCAGCUCGUACCGCAAUCAGACUGGCUCACCAGCCACUCAGUCUCCAACCUCCCCAGUCUCCAAUCAAGGCUUCUCCCCCGGCGGCUCGCCUCAACACAUUCCCGUGGUUGGCAGUAUAUUUGGCGACUCCUUCUAUGAUCAGCAGUUGGCACUGAGGCAGACCAAUGCCCUCUCUCACCAGCUGGAGCAGUUCAACAUGAUUGAGAACCCCAUCAGCUCCACCAGCCUUUACAACCAGUGCUCCACCCUCAACUACACACAGGCAGCCAUGAUGGGCCUCACCGGGAGCAGCCUACAGGACUCGCAGCAACUUGGCUACAGUAACCACGGCAACAUCCCCAACAUCAUCCUAACAGUCACAGGGGAGUCUCCACCGAGCCUCUCCAAAGAGCUGACCAACUCUCUGGCGGGUGUUGGUGAUGUCAGCUUCGACGCGGACUCUCAGUUUCCUCUGGACGAGCUGAAGAUCGACCCGCUCACCCUGGACGGACUGCACAUGCUCAAUGACCCCGACAUGGUGCUGGCAGACCCCGCCACCGAGGACGCGUUCAGGAUGGACAGGCUGUAACUCAAGAAGCUGACUAUGGCCGAGAACAAGAAGAAAAAAAACACACUAACUUGUGAAUGGAGAGAAACAAAGGGCAGGAUGAACCCUCUCCCUCGUUGCAUGGCCGUCCAGCUGUCCGACCUCGCCCUCUACUCCGUGAAGACCUUUGAAACGAUGCGCCACCAAAAGACAACAGAGGAAAAAGACAUCCAGUGGCUUGCCGGGGAAUGGCCUCGCUGUCGUUUUGAAUGAGAUUGGUCGCUCAGCGCUUUCGCUAGCCUGCUGUGUUUACAGUGUACCAUUACAUGCCACAUAUAUUCCCAAAAAAUGCACAUUUGACUUCUUUUUUUCCUUUCUUUUCAUAUCCACUUUAAUAUUUUUUUGUUGAUUUUUGCUCGUAGCAGGAAGCUGCUAGGACAUUGGGCUAAACCGUACAUGUUUAAAAAAAAAAAA